GGCAGAUGAGAGCAUUUCUCCCAAUAUUUUAUGUCAGUGACUCAAAACACUUAUUCAAAAUCAGUGCUUAAUACUUCAAUGUAUAUAGGCCAAAAAAAAGUGUUUCUCAUUUUGCCUUCGAAAACAAAAGAGUUGAAAAUAAAGUAUUAAAGGUUUGACCCGUGACGCGUUUUAUUACUCCCACGUAAAAAGUUACGUAAACACGUUGCCGCUUACGCGAGAGAGAAACGAUCAGUUUUUGUAUGAUGACGAAACUCAAGCUUCCUCAGAAAUUCUCCGCCGGCCGACAUAUAUUUCUGGAAAUGCUGCGAAGAGAGAGUCUAUUCCUCUGUGGUCGUGUAAUCAUUGCGUAUUCUUGUCACACAAAGCGUCGCGCCGUUUUAUAAGCAGUUGAGAAAAGAUGCAUGCUGAUUGUAUUAAAGCAGCGGUAUAGGUGUGGGUUCGGUUACAAACGUUUACUGAGGUCAAUUCAUUAUCGUCGAGACGUAGUUUACCUUGUUGUAAACCAUAGAAAAUGAACAGUCAGACAAUAAGUAUAAGUCCUUUACGUUUGCUGCGCUAAAGGACCAGUUAAAUAGGAACUCAAGAGAGGUGUUUGAUAACACAGUCUUACAGGUCUUUGAUAAGAUAAGGGUUAAUUCUGAAUAACCCGACGUCGUACCCAGCAUGGCGACGUAUACGACCCCACCUUCGUACAUAAACGGAACCAAUGUCACCACAUACGGAUAUAAUGCUACUUCAACUAUGAACUUCACAGAAACUACAUAUUCAUAUUCAUUGGCAUAUAAAGUUGGAGUGGCAUUCGUUCUAACACUGAUUGCUGUAGUUGGUACACUUGGAAACAUAUGUAUCAUAUACGCGGUGUGUACGCAAAAGAAACUGCGUCGUUUAAAGACCAACUACUUCGUAUGUAACUUGGCGCUUGCUGACUUGACAGUUACAUCAGUAGUUCUUCCUUCGACUGUCGCGAAUGUCAUCAAUAAUAAUGUAUCUCCAUUACCGGUGGGCGCGUGUAUGUUCGUCGGGUUUAUAAUGCCCUUAAGCUGCGUCGCUUCAAUGCAGAACCUAAUGCUGAUAAGCACACAAAGACUUUCAGCCACUGCGGUGACUGACUCGAAUCGAAAUACUUCUGAAGCGAUUAAAACAUGGGCACUUGUCGUUUUCGCUUGGGUUUGGUCUACAAUGCUCGUGCUCCCUCUAACGACAAGUAUUCCAACGCUUACGAACUCGACUAGCAAAACCAUGCUGAAGUAUGAUGCCGCCGCAGGUAUGUGUGCAUGGGACGAUGUGUCGUCACCUCGAUACAACUUCGCUCUGAUCUGCGUCGCGUUCUGUAUUCCCCUCAUCGUAUCUGGCAUCUGCUAUACUGUGCUCUUCAACCGAGUAAAGGGGAAGUCCAGGAAAAUGACAAAUCAAAUGGAAACUAAAAACGCCACCUUGGUUCAAAGGGAACGUAGACUGCUGAAAACCAUUCUCAUCGUGUUAAUAGUAUUUGUCGUGUCAUGGGGGCCAUAUUGUCUUAUUGUUCUGCUAAGCACGUUUGGAAUUUCUGACUUUACUACCAACGAAACGUGGAAACGAACUACAGCGUGGCUGGGCGUUUCAAAUUCAGCUUUUAACAGCAUAAUAUACGGUUGGCGAAACCGGAAUUUUCGAAUGGGUUACAAAAUGUGUCUUUACCAAGUUAUAGAUGGCUUAACCUGUAAUAAAUACGAAAUGAGGCGCCGCGUUCUCCGUCGUUCAUCAAAACGUAAACGACAACGAAUGUCUGACCUCGCCUGUCGGUCUAUUCCACCCAAUCUAUCCGAAUGUACAACUACAAAUAAAUACGUAACACGGCUGAAUAACUCUUCGGUUCGGUCGAAAAUAUCUUUAAGCGUAAACAGCACAUAAAUUUAGAAUUUUGCUGAGUGUGUCCUAUAUGUACGUUAUAUAUGUUUGACCUAUGUACGGUUGCAUUUGUCCAUCUUAAGCUAUUUAUACAGUAGGGUGGGGGAAGAUGGGACACCUUCUAACUGUAUUUUCUCGCCCCAUUGAGUAAGAAUAUACAAAGAAUUAUAAAACCAUAUCACAACGACUUCCAAAGACCGUUGUUAAUUAA